AUGCCCGUCGCUAUGAAAAGUAUUUUGCUGGGCAUUGUCUUCGCUACAGCAGCGAUUGCUGCCCCCGAUUCACACCGCUGCCGAUGUCAACCCCAUCAACCAUGCUGGCCAUCACCACACGAGUGGAAUGCCCUCAACCGCUCGAUUGACGGCAAUCUGGUCGCAGUGCAGCCUGUUGCUGCGCCUUGUCACAAUAACCCCAACAGCACCGCCUGCCAGAAAGUCACGGCGCAAUGGUCAAACUCCGUCUGGCGCGCCGCUCAGCCCGGUGCCGUGCAAUGGGAGAACUGGGGUGCCUGGCCGGAGCACAAUGAGAGCUGUUAUAUCGAGACUGCGCCAUAUAUGCCGUGCAAGCAGGGGCGUAUCUCGCUCUACUCCGCCGUGGUCCAGAACACGCGACACAUCCAGGAGGCUGUCCGGUUCGCAAAGCGGCAUAACAUCCGUCUUGCGAUCAAGAACUCCGGUCACGACUUUCUUGGACGCUCGGCGGCUCCGAACUCACUUCAGAUAUUGACCAACCGAAUGAAGGGACUACAGCUAGUCGAUGAUUUUGUUCCAAAGGGGGCGCCGAAACAUAAAGGCGAGGGUCCGGCUGUAACGCUGGAUGCUGGGAUUAGUCUGCAGGAGAUGUAUGCUGCUCUCGGCAAGCGGAACAGAACGGUAGUGGGAGGCUCCGCUCACACUGUUGGGCCAACCGGAGGAUAUAUCCAAGGCGGCGGUCAUUCGUUCUUGAGCCCAUGGAAGGGGAUGGCGUCGGAUAAUGCCCUGGAGUUCAGUGUCGUCACGGCUGCGGGAGAUCUAGUCACUGCCAAUGCCUACCAGAAUUCGGACCUGUUCUGGGCUCUUCGAGGAGGUGGAGGAGGCACAUUUGGCAUCGUCACGCAAGUCACCGUUCGUACAUUCGAGGAGAUUCCUCUCGUCAUUACCUCCAUGAACAUCACCACGGCCGCCGGAGAUCCCGCGUUUUGGAACGCCGUGGCGGACUUUCAUGCUGCGCUACCGGCCGUGACGGACGCACGAGGAGGCGGGUACUACUGGGCGAUUCCCAAUCUGCCGUGGGAGAAGAAUCAGACCAUCUCCGUAUUGAGUUUUACGCAUUUCCAUGCCAACACCAGCAACACCGCCGAGAUUGACCAGGUCUAUCAGCCACUGUUGAAGAAGCUCAACGCGACUGCGGGCGUGUAUACUCAGUAUAGAUCCUUCCCCAUGCCCAGUUUCCACGAGUCCAUAACGAAGGUCUUGCUUGUCGGCGAUUCGGACGGGACAGGAUCAAUCUCCUUACUCUUCUCCAGGCUGUUCUCGAGAGACCUCCUCACCUCCAAGUACGGACCCCCCAGGCUCGCUUCUGCCAUGAGAAAUUUCCGCUAUGCACCUGGGGAAGCCGUCACCGGCAUGGUGGUGGGAGGCGGCACCGUGGCAGAGAAUGCAGGCAAAGUGGACAGUGCACUCAACCCGGCUUGGAGAAAGGCGGUUGUGCAUAUCGUGUACACCCGCAGUUGGAGUGCCAAAGCCACUCUGGCAGAGCAACAGGCCGUCAUCAAGAAUGUGACGGAUGUUGAGCUGCCAUUGCUGCAAGGAGUCGAGGGUGCGGACAAGAUGGGCGCGUAUGUGAACGAGGCCUUUGCCUACGAACCCAAUUUCCAAGAGUCCUUCUGGGGCAGUAAUUACCCUCGUUUGUACAGCAUCAAGCAGAAAUGGGAUCCGGCUGGUCUUUUCAUCGCGCGCAGGAUGGUCGGCAGCGAGGAUUGGGAUGAUCAGGGGCUCUGUCGGAUUGCGAAGUGA